AUGCUGUUUCUUUCCGUCAUUGCUUGCAUUCUGCUGGUAGCCAAUGGGCAAUUCAUGACAGGCGGUCUACACCAACAGUCUGUAAAUGAUCCUGAUGCGGUCAAGUACGCGUGCGCUGCUGUGGAUGUGCUGAACAGUCAAGUUGAAGGUGGCGUCCUUCAAGUUCUGGUCGGAAUCAAGAGCUACACAACGCAAGUGGUCAAUGGCGUCGUCCAUAAAGUGUCAUUUUACGUGGCGGAGUCGGCUUGUUCAGCAGGCCAAGUUAGAAGUUUUCUUGAUUUAGUUAACGCUCUGCUAAACGUGGUGAUUUGA